AUGGGUAACAACCAUUCGGCGUCCAACAAGGCGGGCGGGCCUGGGUCGACGCCGCCGCAGGCGCAGUCAGGCGUCGAGUCCCCUCGCCAUCACCAUCGCAAGGACGGUUCGCGCAACAUCCUCCCCAUCCACCGCGCCGCCGCCGCCCCGGAGUCGUCCACGCUCCAGGCCCAGGGCUCCAUCGCCGCCUCCGUGCCCAAGACCAAGAGCGUGCCCGCCACUGCCGUGUCUUCCCUCAGCGGCUCGCCGCAUAGCAGCACCGUCUCCUCCGUCGCCAACGCCGCUGCCGCCGUUACUGCAGCCGUUGCCGCGGGCAGCCCCAAGCCAUCCUCGCCGCGGCCAAUUAUCCGCGACGAACCUUCCAAGCCCGUCGCUGUUCCCAUCGACGGGUCCGUGGCGCGCCCUCAUAUCCCCGCCGUGCCGCCGUAUCUCGACGCGCAGCUCUUCUCCAACAAUAGCCUUACAGACAUGUACAUGUCGCGCCCGCCCCGCCUGCCGCUUCCUAUCGAGGAGGAGAUACAUCGACCUGGAUCGCCCAUUGCUGGCCCAGAUGAGAACCUUACCGAUCUCGAGCUGGGCGAGACAUCCGAUGGGUUAACAAGAAAGAACUCCGGGCUCAGCAACGGCACGGUUGAAGACGACGAGGGCGAGGAGCUACGCGUGGACAAGACCGGGCGAGUAGUUCCCACCAAGAUUGUCUGGAACAGUGGAGGUGAAAAAGUAUAUGUGACUGGUACAAUUUUCCAAUGGAACAAAAAACACCGGCUGCUUCCUGUCGAGGGUCAACCCGGUGUCUUUGCCGCCACCAUUUAUAUCCUGCCCGGUACGCAUCACAUCCGCUUCUUGGUGGAUGGAAUUAUGCAGACGACGCCUGCUCUUCCCACGACGGUCGAUUUCGGAAAUAACCUGGUAAACUAUAUCGAAGUGAGGUCCGAGGACCCAUUGGCAACGAAACAAGGCGAGCCUGGAGAAGCUGUUGAGGCUGGAAAAGAGAAGGAAUUGGCUCAAAAUGAAGCUCAGGCUACAGAGGAGCCCAAAGUUGCCAAGCACAGGCUUAUUUCGCCACAAGAAGCCUACAAUAGCCAAAUUCCACCAUACCUGCUCGAUUUCGACCAGGCCGAGGAGUCACCAGCCUAUCGCAAUGCCGAGGGUGCCAUUGAGAAGAUGGCUACGCCUCCCAGCUUGCCUGGUUUCUUGGGCAAACCCAUCCUCAACGCUGCCACCCUGAUGAAGGACGACAACAGCGUCUUGAACAUGCCGAAUCAUACUGUUUUGAAUCAUCUUGCUACGAGCAGCAUUAAGAACAAUGUCUUGGCCGUUUCAGCGACUAUUAGAUAUCACAACAAGUAUGUCACUACAAUUAUUUAUAAGCCCACUUCAGCGGAUGAAGGUUAA